CACGUGAUGUUCAUAAAAAAACCAUUGAUGAUUUCUUGGCAAUAACCAAAACGUCAUGCAAUGGUAAAUGGAAAGACCUUAAUAAAGAUUCUUUGAGCUUUCUUGAAAGAAACCUCGCAAUCUCACAUGGUGGCACAGGCAAUUUCCCCCACAAUCCCAUUGACAAAAUAUACCAACAUCUCUUCUUCCUCCAACCUGAAUUUUGCACUUUUUGACUCAAAGAGAUAUAGGGCUUUAGUCCUUUAUUUUUUUUUUAUUUGAUUUCUCAAUACUAAUCCCAUACUAUACUCCUACGGUGGUUGAGCUAUCUAUCCUUUCUCGGAACUACCCGUCAUUAAUUCAACAUACUCCUUCCAGCUUUCUUUCCUUUUUUUUCUUGGGUUGUUGUUAUAUUAACUCUUGUGGUCUAGCUUCCCCGUCCCUUGCGUUUCAGAGCUAAUUUUCUCUUGCUUUCUCUCACUCCUUUUUGUUUUUAUAUAAGCAAAUUUCUGUUUGGGUGAUUUUAGUUCAGCUCCUCAUAGACAACACAACAAACCCAUAUUUUUUAAGAGCCCCCAAAAAUAGUGUUAGAGAGACAAUAUGGAUAGGGAUAGCAUAGAGAUGGAUAACGAGCGGCUGACGGCGGAAAUGGCAUUCAAAGACUCCUCCUCCGCCGUCAUCAAAAUUCGGCAAAGAUUGCCUGAUUUCCUGCAAUCUGUAAAGCUUAAGUAUGUAAAGUUAGGCUAUGGUUAUUCAUGUAACCCCGCCACCAUACUUAUGUUUGCUCUAAUCCUACCACUUUUCGUUGCCACUUUGGUUCAGUUAACUGGUCUGAAAUUGGACCGGAUUUCUGAGUUAUGGACCAACCAAGCCCUUCGACUUGAGAGCAUUGAUGCUGUUACAAGACUAACUGGUUCACUAAUCCUAUUCUUCCUCUUUGGUCUCUACUAUGCGAAGCGGUCCAGGCCAGUUUACCUCGUCGACUUCGCAUGUUACAAACCUGAAGAUGAUCGUAAAAUGUCAGUUGACUCCUUCCUGAAGAUGACUGAAGAUAGCGGAGCUUUCACGGAGGACACGCUUCAAUUUCAAAGAAGGAUAUCAACCAGGUCUGGGCUAGGCGAUGAGACGUAUUUCCCAAGAGGGAUAACAUCUAGACCACCAAAUCUGUGCGUGGAAGAGGCUCGAUCUGAAGCUGAAGCUGUCAUGUUCGGAGCACUCGGCUCACUUUUUGAGAAAACCGGAGUCAAACCAAAGGAUAUUGGCAUCCUUAUCGUAAAUUGUAGCUUAUUUAAUCCAACCCCAUCUCUCUCAGCUAUGAUAGUCAACCAUUACAAGCUUCGUACGGAUAUCAAGAGCUACAAUCUUGGAGGAAUGGGCUGCAGCGCAGGCCUUAUAUCAAUUGAGCUUGCUAAAAACCUCCUUCAAGCCAAUCCUAACACGUAUGCCAUAGUGGUAAGCACUGAAAACAUUACUCUGAAUUGGUAUUUCGGCAAUGACAGGUCCAUGUUGCUAUGCAAUUGCAUAUUCCGCAUGGGUGGAGCCGCUGUGCUCUUAUCAAACAAGUCACGAGAAAAGGCUCGUUCCAAGUAUCAGCUGGUUCACUUGGUUCGAACCCAUAAAGGCGCGGAUGAUAAACAUUACAACUGCGUUUACCAAAGAGAGGAUGACAAAGGAAUUAUUGGGGUUUCAUUGGCUCGUGAAUUAAUGGCUGUAGCUGGAGACGCAUUGAAAACCAAUAUCACCACUCUGGGUCCCCUUGUUUUACCAUUCACAGAACAGUUCAUGUUCUUUGCCACCCUUGUUCGAAAGAAGAUUUUCAAAGCCAAAGUUAAGCCUUAUAUACCUGAUUUCAAGCUUGCUUUCGAGCAUUUCUGUAUCCAUGCUGGUGGAAGGGCGGUUUUGGAUGAAUUACAGAAAAAUUUGCAACUAACAGAUUGGCAUAUGGAGCCUUCAAGGAUGACUCUACAUAGAUUUGGAAACACUUCAAGUAGUUCACUGUGGUAUGAACUGGCUUAUACGGAGGCUAAGGGUCGGGUCUCGGGCGGUGACCGGGUGUGGCAGAUUGCAUUUGGAUCGGGUUUCAAGUGCAAUAGUGCUAUUUGGAGAGCGCUUAGGUCGACUCCCAUGAGUGAGUCAAGGGGUAACCCUUGGAAGGAUGAAAUGGACAAGUACCCGUUGAAGGUUCCCCAUGCUUAAUAUUCUCCAGUGUUGUCAAUUAAUUGGCUGUGAAGCAUAUGAACGUGACCUGGCUGUGGGAUGUGGGGUUCCUUCUAUUUUAUUCUUGUGCUCUUCUAAUCUCUGUGUCCUCUUUUGUAAUUUCGUAUUGUACCAGAAUCAUGAUUUACUCGGUAAUUUAAUCAGUAUACGUUGAAAAGAAAAACAGAAAAAAAAAAAAAAAAAAGAAAAUUAACCUCGCACCCGAUUUGAACGAGUCAAUUUACUCUCAUUUGUAUAUUUCCAUUACCCCCACCAAAAAAAAAAAGACACAAUUAGAAUAAUAUUCAUAAAGGGGCCGUUAUUAUCUCGCAUUUACAAUAUAUAUUGCUGUAAACUUAUAAUAUAGUAACCAUUUUUAUAGUAAUUUGUUUUAUAAUCAUUUGAUGAAAAAGAUGACUAUUCUAGAACAGCCUAACAUAGGACACAUGAAAAAUUUAAUUUAUUUAGACAAAUUUGAUACUUGCAUAAUUUAUUUAGAAUGAUAAGUGGCAGCAAAGCAGGUACACACAUAAUAUUACUAUCGUUAUAAAAAAAAAUCAUAGAUUUUGUGUGGUAAUCAUUUGCCACUUGCCAUACAAUACCGUUGGUUUUGAUAAAGACCUUUGAUUCAAAUUGGUUGGAAGUUCAGGAAUUCUCUAUUAAUGCGACAUGGGAUGAU